UUACCGCCCCUUGUAUCGUCCAACGUGUUUGUUUACAUAAGCGAGUGCUCGGUUUCAGUUUGUUUUAUUUUUUAGUAUAAAAUAUUUAAAAGUAGAUGAAUCUUUCUAAUUUUUAGCAUACUUCAUUUAUUUUUGUUAUAUUUCCCAUUUUCAUAAUAUAUUUUUAUAAUUAUACGUCAUUUUCUUUGCCAUGGAAGCUGGAGCUUAUGAAAAUGCACUUCCUAUCUGUUCACCACUUACAACCCUACAGCAGUUACUAGAAUGGACUCAAGGUUCUGACAGUGUAUGUGUGUCCAAGCAGCCCCUGUUGCCUCGUAUUUGCUAUCCUAGCCGACCUCUCACCUUGGUCUGCCAUGACAUGAUGUCAGGUUAUUUAGAAGACAAGUAUCUUCAGAAUGUUGUUAAAGAAGAUGGUUAUCGUUUCUUCAGUUGGCAGUAUUUGGACUUGUUUGUGUACUUUAGUCACCACUUCAUCACCAUUCCACCAGUAGGCUGGGUGUCUUCAGCUCAUUGUAACCGUGUUCCCAUUCUAGGCACAGUGAUUACUGAACACUCUGAAGGAGCUGAAAUCUGUAAGCAGUUAUUAUAUUCACAAGAAAGUUAUGAAAAUGCUGCACGAAAGUUAGUUGAAAUAGCCAAGUUUUACAACUUUGAUGGCUGGUUGCUAAACAUUGAAAAUGUUAUCCAGUUAGAGGACAUUCCAAAACUGGCGGGAUUUGUUUCAUGCCUCAGUACAAUGAUGUCAGAUGCUAUACCACAUGCAAAGGUCAUUUGGUAUGAUAGUGUCACGAAAGAUGGCUUCUUGAAUUGGCAGAACGAGCUUAAUUUAAAGAAUGAAUUAUUCUUUGACAAGUGUCAUGGAAUAUUCCUGAAUUAUUGUUGGAACGAAGAGGGUCUAAAGAGAACCAAGAAAAUUUGCACCCAGAAAGAUCGUAUGUAUGAUGUAUUUGUUGGAAUUGAUGUCUUUGGACGUGGUUGUUAUGGUGGUGGUGGUUACAGUUCAAACAAGGCUUUGAAAAUAAUUCGUGAUGUAGGACUGUCAGCUGCUAUUUUUGCCAAUGGUUGGGUUUUUGAGUGCCAAAGUGUUAAAAACUUUCUUCAGAAUGAAAUCAGGUUUUGGUCUCUGCUGCAUCCCUUAUGUUCAGUACAUGGCCCAUCUUCUUUGCCAUUGUCAACUUCCUUCUGCCAUGGCUAUGGACAUAAAUACUUUCUAAAUGGAAAGUGCCUUUCCAAUAAAGAAUGGAUCAGUAUAGGAAUGCAACAGAUACAACAAGUCCAAACUUCUUUGAGCUUUAACGAUGAAGUUUUUUCCCAAAUGUAUCAAGAGGAUGGUUUUAUUGGUGGUGGUUGCUUGAAAAUUUUAAAACCAGUUCCAGGAAGUCAGAGUUACAUGUGCAGUAUCUUCCAUUGUAAUGUGACAGUGAAUAAGAAAUUAUUAGUCAGUUAUUGUGUGAAACCAUUAAUAGAACCCAUCAGACAGGAGAGCCUGCAACUAACAUUCACUAGAAAAGACGGUAAACAAACAAAAGUCAUUUUUGUGGCAGGUUCACAUUAUUAUCCAGUGGAACUUCAAAAGAGUGAAGUGAAGAGGAUUCUUGAAAAUGCAGAUAUCUGUCUUCUUCCUGAAAAUGGAUCCAAUGGUUGGAAACAACAUUAUUUCUUGGUGGAAGAGAACAAACGUCCAUGUCAACUGACUGAUAUCAGUAUUGGAUUAUACCAGAAAACAAUGGAACCUUUUGGCUUUCUACUUGGUCAAAUUCAGGUCAUUCCUAUCAAUGAGUCUCAAAGAUAUUCUGUCAACAUCACUGACUUACAAGCCAAACACAUGGUUCAUUUUCGGCAGAUCAUCAUAGAUUGGAACUGUACUGAUUUGUCACUGGUACACUACUACAACAUUUAUAUUGCAAUUUCAAAUAAACAACCGGAACUUGUUGGACAGAGCAUCACCUGCAAGCAUGUGUACUCACUACAAGAGGAACAGCAGAGUUGCAAUUUAACAGUAACUGUACAACCAGUGAUGAGGAAUGGCUGGGUGGCACCCAUUAACAGUUGUUCUUUUGUGGAAGUUGAAGAGUAAUCUUUCAACUCCUAAUAUUUGUUUCUGUUUGUUAAAGCAAAAAGUUAUUUUAAAUGACUUUUAUAUCCA